AUGUACUAUUUCUCUGUCGCCCGCUGUAUUCUGUUCUCCUUUUGUAGCGCAGUGUGCACUCUGUCCAGUUUAUCAUCACGUGACGUUGUUGCAAAUCAGUAG